UUUGCUCUUUUUGUUAUCUGGGUGGAAGAAACAAUCAGGAUGGCUUCUACAAGUAAAAGAAAUUCUGCAGUGAGAAUUCAAAAUACAUUUUGCCCUGAAGGUGGAGUCUGCAAGCAUGGAUUCCUCAUCAAAUCACCACCUCUUCAACUCUUCAGCUCACAGAAUUCCUGGAAAAGGCGUCUUUUUGUCCUGUCCAAAUCCAGCACAGGGAAUUACAUCCUCAAGUAUCUAAAAGGCCAACAUGUGAAAGGCUCCAUAGCUGUUGAUCAAAUCAUAAGUAUUCAAGCUGGCAUAAGUAAUGCUGAAAUUAUGGAAACUGUGAGGAAGAUGUUCAAAUGCCUUCCUGAGCGGGUGAUGUCCAUCAGCACUGGAAACAGGCGUUACUUCCUCAUUGGGGACAGCAGGCAGGAAAUAGACGAUUGGGUCACUCUGAUAUCUUCAGUCUGCAGGGAGGACAAAAGAAGUGGAUGCUGCCCUCAGAACCAAGAUCUUCCAAAUCCAGAAGUCAGAAGCCGGACUUCCUCUUUGCCAUUAUUCCUGAGUUCUGUAGAUAUGACCAGCCUUCCAGACAGGCAAAGCUACCAAAAGGAGAAUGGUUCCUCAGAAGACAAGAACAGGCCUUAUUCAGAUCCUGGCCCCCAUCAGGUUCAGUGUGACUCACCAAGAGGAGUUUUUCCAAGCCUGCAGGAUACAGUUCUGGGAAGAAGUGAGGAAAACCUGCUGUUGUCAGAUCCAGAGGAAAACAUCAAAAAGGAUGAAGAAGAUUAUUACCAAACUCCCAGCAAUGUUUUAGCUAAGUGCACUACUGAAGUAUCAAAGCCUGACCCUACAGCUGAGUCUGAUGUCCCUGUGCAAGAGAAGCCAGUGCAGAGCAGCCCAGUAAAGGAGAACAUUUAUAUGUCAAUGAAGUCACUUAAGCUGCUGGAUGAGACAUGCCAGCUCACGUGCAGACGUGAUGGGCUCCCAUCCCCUCCCAAAUGCCAGAACAACAGUGCAUGUCCAAGAGGCUUGGAAGCAGACAAAGGCACAAAACUCCCAGAAAGCAGCACCAGCAUGCAGCCAACCCUCCAGAGAAGGCAAAACUCAUUACCCCUCUCAGUGGUUCACUUGUCUAUACUGCUCAGUCAAGUUACAGAUGAGAUGCAGCUGCAGAAACUGGAUAUUUUCGUACCCCUGGCUGAUAUUAACAAUUACCUAAAACUUACUGAAGCAGCAGGACGAAUAUGCAUUUCACAGUGGGCUGGUCCUCUCAGGCUGGGGUGUUUGUUUAACCAUGGAGACCACGUGGUGGCUGUGAAUGAUCUACAGCCCCAGGGUGUGGAGGAAGCUUUCUUCUUCAUCAGCAGGUCCACGAGAAAGGAGGUGAAACUUACUGUGUGUAGGAUUCCACAUUCAGAUAUCUUCCAUGCUAAAGGCUGCUCAUGUUCCUGAAAAAAACAAAGACCUCAAUGAUUAAUGGUGUUCAAAGGCCUGUUUGUGCUGAAUUCUGCAUAAAAACAGAGGGAACUCCCAGUUCUGGAACUACAGAGGCUGAAAAUGGAAGAAAACAUUCCUUGGGAGCUCUGCUCCAAAGCUGCUAUGGGAUUCCUUUGCUCUGCACUGCUGCUUUGGGCACAGCAAAUCCAUUUCUGCCUAAGGAGCCCCUGAGGGAUGGGUUGGCUGGCUAUCACUGUCCAGGGCUUCUUCCAGCCCUGUAACUCUGUCAGUCUGCUAGGACAGUCCUCAUGGCCUGAAUCCUAAAAUCACAGAUCACCUACUUCAAGAGCAUCUACUGAGGAUGUAGUCCUCAGCCUUUCCUGGCCAAAGUUUGCCUCAGCUCUUCUGAACUUUGGAAAAGGAAAGUCCAAACUUUUCUGUGUUGUUCUAAGACUGAUCUCUUUAAAGAUCUCUUUUUAAAAAUCAGGAAAUUAUUUUCAAAUAUUUAUCCUAGACAAUUUUUUCAGAAAAUUAACAUGAUUUUUUCUUGCCCUGUUCUCAGUGGGCAUAGGGAACAUUUGGAU